UGAAUUUUUGUAAUCAAUUUUAAGUUGUAAUUUGCACUUUUACAAAAUUGUUUUAUUAUAUAUUGUGAUGACUUCUUGUUGUGGUAAUGAAUUGAUAUUUAAUACUGCAUUAAGCGAAGUAGUAUCUAGUAAUUUAGAGUUAAUUGCAAAUUUAGUACAGAACGAGUACGGUGCAUGUGUUAUCCUCGGUGCUGUUGGGCUCGCUAGUGCCGUUUUAGCAGUAUUUACUUUUAGAAAUUGUGCUAAUAUCUCAAUUACGUGCAAGAAACAAUCCCUUUUUAUGAGAAAGUAAAAGUUAUGCAGUUUAUAGUACUCUGCUGAGGCUACCAGAGCGGCGGUCGCUGCGAAAGUCUCGAACGGGCAGGCGGGCGCCACCGACCCCGCCGUCGAAGAAGGCGCUAUGAAAGGAGUCGAGGCGACACCGGAAGAGCAGGAACGGUUAGCGACCGGAAAUAACAAUGGUUCCCUCGUGUGCAAGCUGCCAGAACCGGAGGAGCCGGACUCGUGUGCUGCGUUUCACUCGACGCGCAUAUUCAUGUUGGUGUUCCUCUCGGGAUGGGUGCUGCAGGGAAUGUUUCUCACGUACUUUGUGAGCGUAACGACGACCAUCGAGAAGCUAUUUAAAGUAGAGUCGAAGACAACGGGGACGCUACUGGCCGCUACAGAGAUAGGGCAGAUAUGUACGGCGCUAUUCCUGACGUACCUGGCGGGGCGUGGGCACCGGCCGCGCUGGAUUGCCUGCAUGAUGCUCGUGCUGGCGGUGGGCGUCAUCGGCUGCAUGAUGCCGCACAUGGCCUACGGCACCGAACUGCUUGAGGUGCACCUCGACUCUCACACGGCCGGGGCGGGCCCCGUCUGCGCGCUCGACAAAAACUCCUCUCUCAUCAAAUGUGACGACGCCCAAGUGCAAAGCACCAAAACAAGAUCCUCAAUCACGGCAGUAGUUAUACCGUGGCUAUUCAUCUGUUUGCUCGUGGUGGGUGUGGGACAAACCGGAAUCGCCACCCUGGGCAUUCCUUACGUCGACGAUAACGUGGGGAGCAGACAGUCGCCACUAUACAUGGCGAUCACCAUCGGUAUAAGAGUGAUCGGUCCAGCUCUUGGCUUCAUGCUUGGCGCCCUCUGCACCAGAGUAUACGUGGAUCCUUUGGCAGACCCUGGAUAUGAUAACACUGAUCCACGAUGGGUCGGAGCUUGGUGGCUAGGUAUGGUGGUGAUAGCAGGCUUCGUAGUGAUCCUGUCUAUCCUCAUGUUCUUCUUCCCGCGACAGAUCAAGCAGAGCCCUCAGCCGCUGCCCAGAAAGAAGAGUAAAGAGAAGAGUGAGCCAUUCUUUAAAGAUUUCUUCGCGACGAUAAAGCGUCAGCUUACGAACGACAUCCUGAUGUGGCGCACGGCGAGCUCGGUGCUGCACUUGAUGCCGAUCAGCGGGCUGGUCAGCUUCCUGCCCAAGUACCUCGAGAAACAGUUCCGGCUGCCCACACACGACGCCAACCUUGUCUCGGGUCUGGGUGGUAUCCUGAUAAUGGGUCUGGGCAUCAUAACAUCUGGUGUGGUGAUACUGAAGCUGGUGCCCACAGCGCGUCAGGUCGCCGCCUGGACUGCCGCCUCCGCAGCCAUGUACAGUGCUGGUAUGGUGGUGCUGAUGUUCGUGAGCUGCCCCGAGGAGAGUUUCCGCAUGCUGAGUGAGAGCGGCGUCACCAGCAACCUCUCCUGCAGCGCGAACUGUCACUGUGACGGCGCGCCCUACAGCCCCGUCUGCGGACAGGACUCGUUCACGUACGUGUCGGCGUGCCAGGCGGGCUGCGCGGCCAGCCACCAGCUCGACAACUCCACCUGGCUCUACUACAACUGCUCCUGCAUCGAGGACCAUGACCGAGGGCAGAAGGCUAUGGCCAUUAUCGAGCGGUACGCGAUAUGGAACACAUCGGAGGUGUUGGGUGUGGGGGGUGGUGGCGGGGGCCUGGCGGUGAGCGGGGAGUGCGGGGGACCGUGCGCGCAGCUCUACGUGUUCGUGGCGAUCUUCGCAGCCGCCAUGUUCAUACACGCCACAGGAGAAGUCGGCGCUGUCCUGCUCAUCAUACGAUGUACUGACAAACAUGACAAGGCGAUGGCGAUGGGCGUGAUCCAGUUUGCGAUAGGCGUGUUCGGCAACGUGCCCUGCCCCAUACUGUUCGGUGCCGCGGUGGACGCCGCCUGCAGACUGCGCGACGCAGCCUGCGGCCUGCUCGGCGCAUGCGCAUCAUACGACAACGACAGUCUCAGACAUCUAUAUCUAGGUCUAGCGGCGGGGCUGAUGUUCCUCGCGUUCAUAAUGGACAUGCUGGUGUGGAGCAAGGCGGGCCGCAUCGACAUGAACCCCGCGGAGACGCCCGACGCCGCGCCCCUCGCCAGGCCCCUCGCCCCGCACGAGCCCCACGCGCCCCACGAGCCCCUCGCACCCUACGCACCCCACGCACCCCCCGACACGCAACUCUGACGCACGCACACCUACGAGUCACACUUCUGAACCAUUAUCACCUUAAACUGAAGGUAAUAAGGUCCAUUAUACUUUGCACUAUGUUAAAUGUGUGAAACUGAAUACUAAUAGCAUUUAAGCUGUACUGUAUGAUGCCUGGUUUAUAUUAAGCCAGUACAGUUGGACAGUAGUGCCCAGCGCUGGCAUGCAACCGACAUAAUGAAACCAUUAAUUAUCGCCAGUGACCCAAACAGUUCACGCCGGCCAGCGCUACUGUAUUACUGUACUGGAAUAAUGUAUCGAGGUAUAGUGCUAUUUUAAUUCUGGCCAUACUAUAAGUCUUUUAUAUGGGUUGUCUCUUGCACGGAGAUUUAAAAAUGCAAUCAUGCUGACACUUCUUUUAGCAAAAUUUUACUAAAGUUACGAGACCUUAAGUAUUUGUUAUACGUAUUUACGUAAGAAUUACGUAUAAAAAUACAUAAAUUGCAUUGUGCAAUAUAUAUUAGUUACGCAAUUAUUACAUUUUGACUGUCAGUUUAUAAAAUACUAUAUGCGUAUGAUUUUUAUACAACAUGAAAUAAAUCAAAUCUUUUUCUACAAAUUGAAACAAAUAUUAAACAUGGCCAGUUUUGAUUAAGAGCACUAUUUGAACAAACAAGAAUUGAUAGUAGUUUUUUUUUUAAAUAGUUACUCAAAAAAUAUUUCGUCACAAAAAUAAUAUAAACUCACGACCAUAACCCAGAGGUAUAGGCAGAGACCACGGUUCUAAAUUUCGAGACUUCAAAUAAAUAAAAUUGCAUCUUAUACGGAGAUCCGUAUGUGAUCUUUAUGGUUGAAAUAUUUUUUAAGUAACAUGUUACGAAAAAAAAAAAUAUAUUUUAAAAAUCGAAUGCAAUUUCGAGUAGCACUUUUUUAUUGCAUGUAAAUAAUAAAUGGCUAAUGCCAUAUGCCAAAGUAGUUCUUAUUCAUCACAACAAACAUCACAUAUUUCAAUGCAUAAUAUUUUACUCGUAAUAAUUUUUUGAAAAAUCACCUUAAUUAUAUUUUUUUUUUAAUUUUUUGUGCAUUUUUGACAUCACACGAUUUUAUUGAGUGAUUUUUUAUGCUCAAUAAUAAAGUCAUAAUAAACAAUUUAUAUAAAAAGUGCAUUUUUUAAAGUUUUUUACGAGACAAUGAUCAAAAAUCACAAUAGAUAUAAGGGAUGUUAGAAUUAAAUUAAAAUAAUUCUCUGAUCACAAGUUAUUUUUUAAUUUGUUUUAACGAAUAAUAAACAAACAUAAUAUAGUUAAAAUAAGAAAUGUGCCUAAAUAUUAUAUAUAUCACUUUAUCCCAGGACUGAGUUUAUUAUAAGGCUGGGCGCGCAAUAUAUUGUUUAAAUUUUUUUCUUUCAUUGGAUGUGUUCAGAUCUUUUUUUGCAUUUAAGUAUAAUAAAUCAAUUGUGUUUUUUUAUUUUUUUAUUUAAAUAAACCGGCAGCUUUGUAUGUCACGGAUGUAAUUUGAAUUUCGUCAGCUUGGAAUCGAACUAGAUAUUAUAUAUUAGAAUAAACUGUAUGAAAAUUAGACGUAUUGAUUAAAGUCUGGUUUUCGUUUUGAUAAUUGUAAUUAUUUAUAAAUAUCAUUUAAUUCAAAAAAAUUAUGUCAAAUCAACAAUAUGUAUUUUUACGGUCCGUUUUAAUUUAAUAUUGAACUUAUUAAAGAAACAAAAAUAUUAGUUCGAAUUUAAUAGUUAGAUCCAAAAUUAAUAUGUUGGAAAAUGUUACACCUUAUUUUAAAUGUUUAAUCCACAAUUUUUUUACUUUAUAAUAUUUCUAGUUCGAUUUUAUAUUGUCGAAGUUCCCAAACGUUCUGUGACAUAAGUAAGACAGUACGCAAUAAAACCAAAGUUUCGUACAAUAUAUUGCCAGCUCAGUUAUUUUCGGUUAUUGCGAAUUACAUGGCUAGUGAUUAGAUGUUUAUAUUAGCUUAGAACAACAUUUUUUUUUGUAUCAUUUAAAAUUAAAAUACAAUUGUAAAUAUAUUAAGGUAAUAAAACAAAUAAUCACAUAAUAAUCUAUGUAGGCAUUUUUAUUAGGUAAUUUUUAAUCUGUUGUAUUUUUUAUUUAAUAUACAAUUUCUUUUAAAACUACACUUGAGCUGU